CUAUUACAAUAAUUUUUCAGAUCACCGUUUCUGCUUCUCCUUCAUCCAACAACAGUGAACAGUUCCAUUCCUAUUUUUACAAAACCCAAUAAUCUGAAAUUCUGAAUAAAUUCAGAUUUGAAUUUAUCAAAGUUUUGACAUUGGAAGGAAAUGGGGUUUCUGGUGACAACCUUAAUUUUUGUUGUUGUCGGAGUUAUUGCAUCGUUCGGUGCCGGAAUCUGCUGCAACAGAGGACCUUCCACUAAUUUGUUACACCUGACAUUGAUUAUCACUGCUACAGUGUGCUGUUGGAUGAUGUGGGCGAUUGUGUACCUUGCCCAGUUGAAACCACUCAUCGUACCAAUCUUGAGUGAAGGAGAAUGAGAUGCUCAUGGAAGCCAGCAGUCAUUCAGUACUCAUGGAAGACUGACGAGGGGAAGAAGUAUUUUGAGGCAUGUAAUAGAUUCAUAGUAUUUUGAGGCUGAAGAUACUGUUGUAUCAAAAUUUCUGUGUACUUAUAGUAACAAUUUCGUUCAUUUUGUAGAUUCAUAAUAUGUUUUCCAGUUUGAAAUCCUUUUGGGGAACUUUCUAUGAGCUUUGGAGUAAUUGGGCAAAAAUAACAGAUGGAUGAAAUCAUUAUCCAUCUGCAUUUGUUA